ACCAUGGCAGCGAGAUACGACAGUUACAAAACUCACUUGCCCAAAUUAACGAUAAGCUUAACCUGUUAGCACCCCUCAUGCACCUAUGGGCCCCGAAUAAUGAUAGGAACCUAGAAGAAUUAGCCAAAGCGGAAUAUAUCCUCGAUUUUGUAGCUGAGGAAGUUACGAAAAGAAUAAUGUCUUCCUGCAAUGCGAUAGCUUAUAACCUCCCCGACCACACAUCCUUGAAUUCGCUAAAGGAAACCUGUCUAAAAGCGUGUGAUAUGACAAACGUCAGCUGUCACGUCACUCGCCUCAGAAAAAAAUCGGACAAAUCAACUUGCCCUCUCCUUUUCAAAUUCGACUGCUGCAACGACGCCAAACAAUUUAUCCGUUUGAGCAAAAAUAUUAGCUCAUCAACCUUAUAUAAAGAAGUAAAGGUUACCCCGGAUCUAACGCCUUGUCAACGUCGUGUAAAAACAAGAGAGGCGACUAGAUCACAUAACGGUGAGACAGCAGACAAUCUACAGAAAAUAACCCUCAAUGUCAUGAAAGUAAAUAAACAAGUAAACCGCGAUGUAGAUCUUGAUAAGCCUGUGGACUGUAAACCUUCUAACAAAGUACAGAUGCCCUCUGUCACCAAGAAAUCGAACGACCAUUGCAGUUCUAAUCCCAGCUGUUCGAACGUUAACUUGACUGAAAAUGUCCCAAAAAACAACACUGUUCCAGCUAAAACUAAUAAAAUUAAGAAUCCAUCCCCAAAAUAUAUUGCACGAGAGAAUACGAUAGAAACUGACGUGUUUUUGAAAAACACGUCCAGGGGACCAAAACAUUCUCCGUCUUUAACUAAGAAGAGUGACCUGAUUAAAUCUUGGGUCUCAAGUAAAAAAAUAGGUAGGAUUCAAACCCGAUUGCCACCGACUUUCCCAACUACGAUGAACAGGUUCACUCCUUUAAUGUCAUAUGAUGUGCCUCUAGCCUCUCCAAGUUGUAAGACUGAUAAUAUUAAGAACACGUCAGACCAACAUCUGAACAUGCCACAAAUAAUUAUUAUCCAAGAGCUAGGUGCACUGCCCAACCACCUAAUCCUAGAACUAUUAGGGAAAGUGGAAAUGGAAGAUUUUUCACCCCUCACCCUAUCCUAAAGACCCGGGCUUUUAUUCGCAAAAACGCUGAGAAUGUAAACUCUAUGCAUCCUGCUCUACCAAGCCAGCUGGUAAACAUGACCCCCAAAUUUAGAAAAGG